UCGUAAUAUGUUUAAAUCGUUUUACGUUACUUUAUUUUCUCGUAAAGAACGUGAACACGGACGUUGCCGUUGACAACAUAACUUUCUGUUUCCUGCCCUGAAGUAAAGCUAGCUAGCGUCUGAGAAGUGAGAAACAGCUGCAACUGUUGUUUGGUUCGUUUGUCGGCAGCAGAAUAACGCAGAUGAGACACGGUUGAAACGUACAGCUAGACAUUUCUGAUGUGUACAGCGGUGGACAGUGGAGAAAUAAUCAUCCUAAGUGAUGAUGAUGAAGAAUAUGAUAUAUCCUGCAGUGAACCCUCUGUCCUUAUCGUGGAGGUGGAGGAUGUGAAGAAAAGUGACUGUGCUGUAACGCCCAGCGCCCUGGAUGAAGACCUGGUCGUUACCUUCUCCCGCCGAGCUGAGGUGCUGCCUCAUGCACGCUAUGACUGUCCCAUACAUCCCUUCACGGCCACAGAACAAGAGACUGGUGCUCCUGUGCCUGGUAACCAGCUCAUUUGCGAUCAGUGCUUCUGCUACAUCUGCGACAAGCUGGCAUCAACAUGUGUAAUGUGGGGUUACGCCGGUGUGUGCCACUGCAACAGCCACAAGCGCAGCAACUUCUGGAACAACCGCAGAAGCUGUGCGCUGCUGGGAGGACUGAAGACUUUCAACCUCACACUGUCUGAAACAGAUGCACAUCUCAGACAUGCAGAUGCGAUGUUGCAGAGCUUCAGAAAAGAGCUCGCUGCACACUUCGCUCUCUACAUGAAGGGAAAGGCGGUGGAGGAAUAUGGUCUGAGCAUACCACACCAGCAAGGCCUCAUCUACGAUUACACGCCUGUGUACGAGUUUGUGACGUCGUUUCUGAACAAAGCAGAUAAACAGAACGACAGAGCAGCUGCCAUCAUGAGACUAGGAGCCGUUGAGGACUUUAUUCGACAUUUUCCAAUCUCAGGGAAUUUCAUUAGAAAGUCUCCAAUGGCUAAUCCUGCUGAGGCCAAAGUGCUGUUACUCAAUAGGGUAAUAUCAUCCUUGCAGAGACAGAUGGUGAUGACUGACUUCACCCCAGAAUUCACCCGUAAAAUGCAGGAUUUUUACAAGAAAUUGUUUUUCCCAGCUGAGCUGAAGUACCUGAAGAACAGCCUGUGUGUCCGGCCGUGGGACGACGUCCUGCUGGUGUCUGUGCUGAAGGGUCAGAACGUGACGGGCUUCCGCAAAGACAAAGGCAAGAAGGACGUCCUGACUGAACAGAUUUCUGUAGUUCUACUGAGAAUGGAAGUACUACAGCGACAGCACAGGUACAGAGAAUUGUGCCGCUACCUGCGAGUCGUCCAGACCGAUGACUCCAAAUUGAGCCUCCGGCAGCUAAAGGACCUCAUCCCUUUCUUCAGGUGCCUGGAGGGAGACUUUACGUCCGCUCUGUUCAGUUUCUUCACCUCAGUGAACGCACCUGCCUCUCGCCUCACACCCCAGCUCUUCCUCUUCUAUCUCUGCAUCUUCAAAACGGCAACAGCACCACAGGUCGUGGUCAGUCAGCCAUCACAGCUCUGCUAUACUGAAGCAGCAUGGGAGCGAAUACAAGGCACAGUGCCGUUGGAGCGCGAUGCACUGGUGAAGUUUGGGCUCAGGGUUCAGGGAUGUUGCUCUGCUGUCUUCACUGAUUCUCAGUGUUGGACCAGUUUUCUCACAGUUGUCAACACAGCUCCUGGUUCUGUCUCGCCUCUACCAGCACCGAGCGCGAAGUUCCUAAAUGAAGCAAAGGCUGUUGUGAACACUGUCCUGCGCGACCAGCACUUGUCAAACACAGUGACGAUCCCACGAUUCUUUCUGGAGGUGUACCCAGAUCAGGCCCUGUUGCUGUUAGUAACGGGGGCUUUAAGUUUGAGAAUCCUUAAUUCUGCUCUGAGUCCAGCCCUCCCUGUGCUCAAGACGUUUAAGGAGAAUGUGUGGGCUCUCGAGUGGCUGUGGGAGAGUUUGUCCUCCAAUGCAGAACGUCUCAGUUCCUUCUGUCAGGAGGUCUCACAGGAGAUGCAAAACACAGCAGAUGGGGAUAAUUUGUUACCCAUUCUACGCACCCUUGCACCCACUCAGUCUUCUUCAGCAGAGCGCGGAGACCACACUUACUGCAGCCCAGGGCCUGUUAAACUCUUCUUCUCCCCAGUGUUGCAGAGUCAGCUGGCUGAUUCUCUCUCACAUUAAUGGCUCCAUUUGCACAAAAAACAACCAAACUCUGGGUCUGAUUCUACACUGAUGUCUCCGGCAAAGACCGAGGUCGCAGCACUCUCCUCCAGACGGAGCCGAGCUGGAUAAGAGACGGGUCGCAAGUGACAGCCGCGGUUUUUUGAGGAGACUUUGAACACAUCCUGAUUGUUAUUAAUUUAAUAACAUCCUCGAGACACUUUAUGUUGCUUCAUUCUUUAAUGACUUUUUCAGUGUGUUUUUUUUUUUUUUUCCUUCAGCGUGCUGACAGUCUACACCUGAAUUCUGGGAUUCUUGGGAUUUUUAUUUUUACAUUUAUCACUGUCAGGAGAUACUUUUGGAUCUCUACUUUUAUAAAUGAUCAGAGGAGGAAAUUAAGUGUUGGUAAAUAAAUGGAAACAUUUAGUUUUAUUAUUCUGCUUUGGCCAGUUUAUGUAAAAAAGAAAAUAAAGUAUUGGUUGCUCUGGA